AUGGGUCACACACAGAAUAUGGAACACAAGAUCUACAAGCGCACAUUUGGCGAAUGGUGUGAUUCAAUUUGGAUCCAUCGCUCAUUUGUCGGGGAGCUUCUGAUCCCUCUUUUCUGUUCGAUCAUGACAGCCAAUGUCGAUGCGGUAAGGUCUAUGCCGGCCGCUGAGGUCCUUGACUAUGUCGCGCGGACAUUCUUGUAUGAUCAUUACACUGUCCAAGGAGGUGUCUCACAAGUGGUCGAUGGACUUUCGUUCUAUUUAUCACCCUCACAAAAGCGAGUUGGAGUGACAAUCACGGAUGUGUUUCCCCAACAUGUUAACGACAAACGCCAAUUUGGUUUGCGGUUCACAACAGCAGAUGGCGAGCAGAUGGAGGCCACCUUCGACCAUAUUGUGUUUGCUUCACAGGCCACACAAACUGCGCGUAUGCUUGAAAUGUACUAUCAUCAUCUAUCCCGCAGUUCCGGGAAUUUCCUCUCUUCACCACAUUCCCAGCGCUGCAGGCAACAGCUCGAAAGCCUGCGACGGAUGCGGUAUGAAAAAAGCACAGUCGUUUGCCACACGGAUACGACGAUUUUGCCGCCGAAGCAAGAACACUGGCGCGAUCUAAAUCUUGUGAGUCCAUUGAAUCCACACUCGCCUGAUGCAUCAUUUACAAUGGCGACACACAUAAUUUGGCGUACAAGUGAUGAGGUUGUGAUGCAGACGACGAAUCCGCUUCCAUAUUUAUUUCCGCUUGAACAUACAUGGAUCAGCAAAAGCACCUUUGAGCGCUUUGUUCUUACGCUCCAAGGAAGAGACGCACGGCAGAGCUUUUUCCUAACGCGCGGCGCUAAGCACGGCCGCCCUACGUCUGUGCUUGGUCCGCUGCAAGGGCCACCGGAGGCACCAGUGCAUGUUCACUCGCAACGCGAAGCAUGUGCUCCAUUUCGUUCAGAAGGCGGAUUUUGGUUCUGCGGUAGUUGGAGUUAUGGUGUACCUUUGCUUGAAGGUGCGUUUCUUGUCGUUCACUAA